AUGGCGGCGCCGGCGGCGGACGAGGCAUGGUACCGGGAGACGGUGCCACGGGUGAUGGAACUGGUGAGUCCACGCCUUCCGCAGCGGGACGCAUGCGCACUGCUCGCGGUGAGCCCCUGGUGCUACCGUGCCCUCGUCGCCAACUCCAGGCUCUGGGAGGUACUUGAUCUACGUGAGAUGAAGAAUGCUGGAGACCGACUUAUUUCAGCACUUUCACUGGCAAGGUAUCGUCAUCUCAAAGUACUAAACCUUGAAUUUGCUCAAGAUAUUGAGGACCGACAUUUUGUUCAUCUAAAAGAAAUGAGUGGCAUCUCACUGGAAAAUUUGGAAUUACUGAACCUAAAUGCAUGUCAGAAGAUCUCUGAUAAAGGAAUUGAAGCUGUUACCAGUCUCUGUCCUAAUCUUCAGCGCCUUGCUAUCUAUUGGAUUGUAGGACUGACAGACUCAAGCAUUGGGCACAUUACAAAGAACUGCAAGCAGAUAGUGGACCUCAACUUGAGCGGUUGUAAGAAUAUCUCAGAUAAAGGAAUGCAGCUAAUUGCUAAUAAUUACCAAGAACUAAAGAAAUUGAACAUAACCAGGUGUGUUAAGUUGACAGAUGAUGGGCUUAAACAAGUUCUUCUGAAAUGUUCUUCACUUGAAAGCCUAAACCUUUAUGCCCUUUCGAGUUUUACUGACAGGGUUUAUAAGGAGAUAGGAUCAUUAAGUAAUCUUACAUUUCUAGACCUAUGUGGUGCUCAGAAUCUAACGGACGAUGGUCUUGCAUGCAUAUCAAGAUGCGGAUGUCUAACAUACCUCAAUUUGACUUGGUGUGUACGUGUUACUGAUGCUGGCAUUGUAGCUAUUGCGCAAGGUUGUCAGUCCCUCGAACUGUUAAGUUUGUUUGGAAUAGUUGGGGUGACUGAUGCAUGCCUCGAGGCUUUGUCAAAAUCUUGCUCGUCCAGCCUCACAACACUCGACGUAAAUGGCUGCAUAGGUAUUAAGCUAGCAGCCACCAUGGUUCUCGACGGCUUUGCAUUGAAGGGGAAGGGAGGUGUUCCGGUGACGAUGGCUGGCUCUGCAGACGGAGGUUGCGCGAGAAGCAUGGCGACCAUGACGAAUCGGACUCCAUUGGUGGCGAGGAAUAGCAUCUGCAUAGAGGCCAUUGCUAGCGUUGUGGCGAACACGAGGCCCAAAGCGCUCGAAGAUGCUACGGCGCUGUCCAUGGUGGCCGUGGUGGUGGAUCGGGCCACGACGAACUCCACCGACGUGGCGAAGGGCGAAGAUCAAGCCACGGACGACAUGGGACAGUAA